AUGGCGAUGAUGAUGACUGGCCGUGUGCUGCUGGUGUGUGCCCUCUGCGUGCUGUGGUGCGUUGCCGGCGGUGUUUAUGCGAGGGACGUUGACACCAACGCACUGGGUGGCUGCAUGGCGUCGGGAGUGUUGGGUGAGAAUGGAUUCCACAUGCCUGACGGAUGCAAUAAAACUGCGUUUACGGUGCCUUUGCGGUCAGUAUUGCCCAUUACUGCCGUCGAAGCCUCGACUGGAGGUGGUUCUGUUGAAACACGGAACAGGUCGAAUUCAAGUGGGACUUCCAACGCUGGUGCUUCUAAUGGUUCUGUCUCUGCUGGUGGACCUGGUCCUGGUGGUGUUGCUGGAGGUUCUGCUGCUUCUUCUGGUGAUUCUUCUGGAGCUGUUGCUCCUCCUGGUGCUUCUGCUGGUUCUUCUCCUGAUGGUGGUUCCGGCGGUGGAGUCAGUUCUGGUUCUGGAGGAAGCAGUGGAACUCCUACUGGAGAUCAAGGCACCGGUGACGUUUCUUCUGCUGGUGGAGGCGGUGGAGGCGGUUCUGGUGAUGGUUCUACUGGCGGUGAUGGCACCGGCAGCGUUUCUUCUGCUCCUGCAGCUGCUCCCGCUCCUCCUCCUGUUUCUCCUGCUGGUCCGGCUGUUGCUCUUCCUUCAGAUGCUCCUCCUGGUGUUGAUCCUCCUGCUGGCAGCAGUGAUGGUAAAGCGGGGUCCCCAGGCAGUAAUUUAUCUGACACAACAGGGGACUCUCAAACAGGAAAUCAGACGCCUGCUGCAGCAGCGGCUCACAACUCCUCGCCUCCCGAAGGACCGGCAGGGACGACAUCCGGCACUGGACACAAAGGACAGGAAAAAAAAGAAGAGGAAGAGGAAAAUGAAAUGCAGCAGCAAAGUGAUGAAACACAAGUCCAACAACACCAACGGCAUGAACACCCCGCGGAAAGUGGCGAAGAAUCCGCGAAAGAUAAAAACGCCCUUCGUACAAAUGCCACCGCAAAUACAGGCGACAGUGACGGCAGCACCGCGGCCUCCCACGCCACCUCCUCCCUUUUGCCUCUUCUUCUUGUUGUUGCGUGUGCGGCUGCUGCUGCGGUUGUGGCCGCGUGA